AUGGGGAAGGCGGACAUCGUAUCGCCGUCGUCUGACCUGCUGGACGCGUACAACAAGGGCCGCUCGAUCGCCACCAGCCACUUCGCCGGGGCGGCAGAGCUGUUCCUGGGCGCUGGCGCGGUAGCGGGACAAAACACCAAGGAGCACCCGGGCAGCAGCAGCAGUUGCAGCAGCGAGGCCGUGAGUAGGGCGUGCCCCGCUGAUCUCCACAGCGCAGUGAGGCGAGGCGAGGCGGGCGCCGUGUCCAAGCUCUUGAGCGAGGGAGCGGACGCGGCGUCUCUCGACGGCAGCGGCAGGUCCGCGCUGCUCCUUGCUACCCAGGAAGGGCACCUGCCCGUAGUGCGCGUCCUGCUGGACGGCGGCGCCGGAGACGCGGCCUGCAUACCACCCAACGGCCCCAACGGAAUGAGCGCACUGGUGAAGGCGGCCGUUCGCAAGGAACACCUGGGGAUACUGCGGGCCCUGAUCGCCCGCGGGGCGGACCUGGAAGCCACCGACAGCGGCGGUGCGACCGCCCUGCAGCACGCGGCGAUGCUGGGCAAGACCGAGUCCAUCGACGUCCUCGUGGAGCACGGGGCCAGCGUCGACUCGGUCGACGUCGAUGGGAUGUCGGCGCUCCACUGGGCGAGCAUCGAGGGCCACGGCGAGGCUAUCGUCGCGCUCCUGAGGCACGGGGCGGACAUCGACGCCGCCGACAGUGCGGGCCGCACGCCGCUCCACCGGGCUUGCGCCGUAGACGACGUCCACACCACCGAGGCCGCGGAGCUGCUGCUCCUCUGGGGAGCGGACGACACGGUGGUCGACAACGAGGGCCAUACCCCGGAGCACUACGCCAAGGCGCGGCGCAGCGGGCAGGGCGGCGGGGGAGCCAAGCAACGCGCGCAGGAGUCUCUGCUGCAGCUGCUGGGGACGACCUCGUCCGACAGGGCGUGGUGUCGGCACGGGCUGGUCAUCCUGUGCAAGGCUCGGCUCGGGUACGGGGCUGUGGGCACGGUCUUGGACAGGCUCGUGACGCUGGAGGAGGAGGAGCUCUUCGAGAAGUCGUGGGCGGCAGAGGCAGACGACGACGGCGGCGACGACGAUGAAAAAAAGCAACAAGAACGAAAGAGGAGAGACUCGCCGCCGCCGGUGCAGCAAAAGGGGGGGGAGCCGAUCCGAAAGGAGGAGGAGCCGUCAAAGCGCGGCCGGAGAGCGGAGGAACAGGCCCGAAGCUCGCAGAAGGAGGAAGACCCGCAGGCAUCGGUUGGGCCGAAGCAGCUAAAGAGACUGGACAACACGUGGAUAAAGCCUCAACGGACAGAACAAGCGCCGCAGAUGACAAGGGUUGAACCGCUAAAGAGGAAAGGAAAGGCGCAACAAGAUAGUAAGUGGAUCAAGCCCCAACGGACGGAACAAGCGCCGCAGAUAAUGGUGGAACCGCGAAAGAGGGAGGAAGAGGAGAAACGGGGACACUGGAAAGCCUCGCCUCCGGAAGGAGUGAGGCGCGGAACGAAGCAGAACAGAGGCGAGCAGCCCGGCUCGCGGGAGUUUUCUCGAUUGUACGCGCUUGGCAAGAAGCUCGGGGAGGGCGCGUUCGCGGAGACAUUCGGAGCGAUCCGACGAGGGCAGCGGAAGGGGUCGCAGGAGUCGUGUAUCGUCAAGCGGGCUGUGCAACGGGGGGUGUCGCACGAGGUUAAGCACGGCUUGGUUGAGGAGGCCCGGAUACUACGCCUGCUGACGCACCCGAGCGUGGUUACCGUGCAAGAGGUCUUCAGCGACUCGCCCGAUUACUUUUACUUGGUGUUGGAGCAUCUGGCAGGCGGUCCAGUGUUUGACCGCAUCGUGACGAAGACCCGCUUCCGCGAGAGCGACGCGAGGCAUCUGUGCCGCACCCUGGUCCUCUGUGUCCAGCACUGCCACGACAUGGGCGUCGUGCACCGCGACCUUCGCCCCGAGCAGCUGCUGCUGACGUCCCGGGACGAAGACGCCACCAUUAAGCUGACGGGCUUCGAUUUCGCGCGGAGCUUGCCGCGGGAAGGCUCUGACGGGAGGAGGAGGGGAAAGAGGGGGCUGCUGGUUGCAGAGUCUUACGUGACGGCGGAGUACGCCGCGCCGGAAGUGCUGAGCAGUGUACCGCAUGGAACGGUGGGUUUUAGUAGAGAAUGGAAGGCCGUGUUUGGUCCGUGA